AUGGAUAUUGACCUCUUACAAGCACAAUCAUCUACUACCACCAAAAACAUCAACAUUAUCAACAACAACAACAACAAUCGAUUAACUACUCCUACCUUUAAAAUACAACCACUACAAAAAACUUCGCCCACAAUCUAUACCAUUGAUAUCGAAAAACCAAACCACAAUCAAUUCCUCGGUCCCUACAACGACAAGUUUAAAAUUAAGAUUGAAAAGAAUUUUUAUCAACAAGAUCAAACCGUCAUUGGCAAUCAAAAUGAAGAUUUAAUAUCCAAAUGUUUCGAAAUGAGCAAAAAAAGCACACAAAUUUCUACUCAGCUCAGAGAGGAAUACGAAAGAUCUCUCUUCCUAUUUCACAUCCUCAAUCAUUUCAACCAAAAUCCCCCAACUAAAAAUCUAGAUUACCAACUACCAGAAAAACUAGUUAUCUUGGUUUUUGACACAGAGACUACAGGAUUGGAAUUUGAAGAUCAAAUAAUAGAAAUCACCUUUAUCAAUAUCCUAAAUGGUGAUUCAUUUUAUGGUAAAGUCAAACCAACAGUCCCCCUCAGUUCUGAAUCUUAUUGUGCGCAUGGUAUAUCUCUUAAAGAGUUGGAUAAUUGUUUGGAAUGGGAAUCAUUGCAAGGAAAAUUGGAUUCAUUUUUUCAACAAUACAUUGAUCACAAAAUUGUCAUCAUUGCUCACAAUGUUACAUUUGAUCGAUACAAAUUGUGGAAAAUGGUAAAAGAUCAAGUUCAUUGUAUACCAUUCGAUAAAAUCAUCUUUAUCAAUUCCAUUGAAAUCUUUCUCUCAUUUGGCCCUUUUAAAAAGAAAGAUUCAGAGAAAGACGAGUCAAUGGCACUAUCCAAUCUCAUUGAAAUAUUUUCACCUCCAUCGAUUGAAAUCUCCCAAAGACACCGAAGCUCCUAUGAUAAAGAAAAGGAGAAGGAGAAAAUCUAUUCACAUUCCUUGUCGACUAUAUCCUCAAGAAGAAAAGAUAACACUGGUUCUUCUUUUCCAGUGUUAUUCUUCUGGUUCUUCUUGAGGAUCUUAUUAACCAGUGUUAUUAUUAAUAUGGAUUUUCAACGAAAGAAUAUUUCAGUGGAACUCAUAUCAGGUUUCUUUUCAUGA